CUUGUGUUUUUGUGGGGAAUCAUUUUUUCCCCUUCUCCGUGGCGAAACAAAAAAGAGAACAAAUAAGGAAGAAAAGAAAAUCAAAUAAUUACCGGGAAAGAAAAAAAAGAAAAUCAAAUAAAAACAGUGUUGGUAUUGGAGUCCGGAAGGUAAUGGGGAGAUCGAGGAUUACCGGGCAGUAAUACGCACCAAUUCCUCCCUACCAGAGCGCAUCUCUGUCAGCAGAAUUCUGGAGAAAGAUCCUCGAUCGAGCGAACGAGCUAAGAACAGGGAGAGAAGAAGACAUUAGAACAGGGGAAGGAGAAUGGGCGAUCUAUAUGUAUGGCUAAUCUCCUUCUUCAUCCUCAUAGCCCUACUCGUCAUCAUCGUCUUCCAGGUCAAGCCCCUCCAUAAACCCUUUCUCUUCUUCCUUCAGAUUUAUUCCAUUGGUGGUCGUUGAACUUCUGCCUGCCAAUCCGCUUACUUCAUCGCCCUAAAACCCGAAGUUUGCCCCACAGGGUGGCCAAUUUGUUCGUUUUUUCCGCUAAUCUACUUCAUCCCGCUUUUAGUUUAUUAAGUUGUAAGUGAAAGUUGAUUAAUUCCAUAGCGGACAGCCAUGAUGCGUCAGAGCUUGUUGGUUUCUUCCCUUAUUGGGAGGCUUCAAUCAUGGUUAGACACCAGUUCUGGUUGUUAGCAGUUUAUGGCCCGCUCACUUUUAGUCUUUAGGGUUGAUAGCUUGCUUGUAAGGUUUGGAUCGUGGUGUAAAAACGAUGAGCUUUAUAUCAUGCAUUGUGUAUUGCAAUGUAAUGUGGGGUUCCCUCUGAUCAAGACAUUGGGUGAGGAGCUCGUUGUUGAGAAGUUGUUUACUGCUGUUUAAGAGGUUGGGAUGUGUUUAGAGGUUGCUUGAAGACGGAAACUUCUUGGUCAAAUUACAUGCAAGGACUAGGUUGGAUUAUUGGAGUCUGCAGCUUAAUGCUGCAGUUUGUGAUAUGAAAUUCUGACAUGCUGUGAACUUGUUUUUGCAGCUUAUGUGCUUGGCAGAUUUGGAGUUCGAUUACAUCAAUCCUUAUGACUCUUCUUCAAGGAUAAACAAAGCGAUUAUGCCCGAGUAUAUUACGGAGGGAGCUUUGUGCUUGUUUUACCUAGUGACAGGGCAUUGGUGUAUGUCACUCAUUUGUGCUCCUUACCUCUACUACAAUGUCAGGCUGUAAGUUCACUUUUACUUUUCUCCUAUGUUUAGCCGGUGUUGUAGGUUGUAUUGUGCCCUGCACGCUUUCAAGAUUGUUUGUUUAUUUGAGCAUUUGCUCGUAGGAUCAUGUGCAUGUGCACAGAGUGAUUUGAUUUGAUAGUUGUUGCAUUAAAGUUAACAGUUGAUAUCCAAUCUAGAGCAAGCAUAUUAAUUUCAUUGUUGAAUAGUAAUCAGAUCGCCAACCGGUUGUUUGCUCUGUGCACUUUUUAUAUGCUAGCUAGAACCAAUGUUUCAGCCUGAAAUGGGGUCUCCUAAAUCUUGGAAUACACCAACAGGGCUAUACGAACUUGAAUUUUUCUGGGGCCUCUAGUUUGGGUUAUAAGAACCAAUUGUUCUACUGGUGCUUGCACUGUUAAACCAUAUUUAUUUUGGAUGUUAGGCUCUUCCAUUCUACUAACUUUCCACUAUCCUGUAAUAGAUGUUAGCUCUCCAAUCUUGAAAUUGAGUAUUUGGUGCUGCAAAACUGGAAUAUCUGCAUGUUAUAUGAUGCUUUGUCUUAUGCAGCAAAUUAUUGAUUGCAAUCUGAUAAAAAUAAUUAUUGGUUGCAACUGUCAACAUGUUCAAUUUGUAUAUUAGGGGGAUCAUAUAUUGGUAGACUAUUUUGCGCUUUUAGCCCUUGAAGCGUCCGGUGCCCCAUUAUUUCAACUGAAAGAAUUUGAAACGAGUAAUGGAGUCUAAUAAGCUUAUUUCUCUUCUGUGAUGAAUGCAAGUUCUCAUUCCACUACAUGGUUUCUUAAGGGAAGUAAACUUUUAGGUUCUUUCACAUCCAGCUUACUCAUUACCGUUCUUGUUUUAUUCGUUCCGAGCUGCAUGUUCUCCUUUGCAUUUAAUAAGCCUGAUAGGGGCUACCUUUUCUUUUCCUGUAAUGACUAAUUCUGACUCGGUUUUGGCUUGCUUGUCUGUGUUUCUUGUGAUUGAUUAGUUACACAAGACAAAAACAUCUGAUAGAUGUUACAGAGAUUUUCAACCAGCUGCACGCGGAAAAGAAGCAGCGGCUUUAUAAAUUGUUUUAUCUCAUUAUUCUCCUUUUCCUAUCAAUAUUCUGGUAAGUUUAUGCUGGUCAAUUUCUUGCAGGUCCCAUUACCUUGACUAGUUAAAAACUGAAUUUUAGAUGGCUCUACUCUAAUUCUCCUGUCCACUGUAGGAUGAUCUUGACCGCCUUGGAAGAUCACGACAUGGAUUAAGUUGCAUCUCACUUAUCCUGGAUCUCGAUAUUGUGUGGAGGUACAUGGUACCUAAAUCUGCUGCCUUCAAAUGAGCGGGGCUUAGAAGAAAGAGGGUUUGUGUAACUGAUAUAAUGUGCAAGUCCCAGGAUGAACAAUUGAUUUUCAUCUUUGUUGAUUUAGCAAUUAUAGAUUUUCUUUGUAGACAUCAUACAACUACUACAGGACUUUGGUCUCAAGAUUAGAUGUACGUUUUUGCUUGCUGUGUCCUUUUUCUUGCCUCAGCCUCCAUGUAAGAUUUCACUUGGUUAGAGGUCGUUUUGUUGCCUCACCCUAGUUUCAUGUUUGACAUUUCGUGCUCGCCAAGAAAUUUGCCCUGUGUGUGUUGCCCACAUGACGUGGACACGUGGGUAACCAGUCGGCCGAACCCUAAUUAUACACUCAUACACUCCUCCUUAUUCCACACGGAAAGGAAAACGUUGACGGAUAAAUGCACGACCACCCCUGUUUCCGACUUUGCUACUAAUUCCCCGUGUCUGGUAUUCCGCUUCUCCUCACCCUUGCCGAUUUUAGCUUCGCCCAUCGGCGUUGCCCCAGCGUAGUCGGCGUUCAAACGUUUUCUGUUCAGCUGUAAUCUCGCCUUCUUCUCUUGUUUCAAUCGCCAGGUGGAGCACAGCGCCGGUUAGUAUUUACUUCCCUCGUCCUUCCCUCUCUGGUUUGAUGGGUUUAAAAGUAUCAUGCAAGUUUAUCUCGUUAGCAGUUGGCUUCUGUUAAAGACUCUCUCAUAUAGAUAUAGAUGUUCUGAAUGAGGACAUGAGAUGUGAAUCCAGAAAGUAGCCCGCUAGCACAUUGCUUCUACGGUCAUGCUUUGCUUGGUCUUCCAUCUUAGAUUAAUGGUGAUCAUUCCAUCUAUUUUGGCUUCAGUUUCGGACCCUUGAGGUUACCACGGCUUCGCUCUGUUGAAGAUGGUUGGGAACGCCAGCACCGAAGGAGUGUUCAUUGCCUGCGACAUACUAAUGGCACAACUCAUCAUCCACCUGAAUGAUUUAAAGGCACCAUCCGAGAAGUUCAUUAUCCGUGUUUUGGAUGAGAAGCAUCUCUUUGUGCUACCCGAUGCUGCUGGUAUGAUAAGAAAAGCCAUUUCCAUGUCCAGAAAACGGAAUUCGUUCCAGAGGCCUUCCUAAAUUCCUUUCAACUUCAGAUGAACAAAAAGGGUGUAUGUUUUGGUAGUUUAAGCAUAGAAAUCACUUGCCCCGAAUCCUCACUUUUCAUGCCCUACUGAGUUUGCCUUCGGUGCAUAGUAUAAUACAUCGGUGUAGAGUGUAGAAUGUUCUCAGUUUGCAGUAACUCUGCACUGGAACGAUCAACACGCAUGGGCAACAUACGAUUCAGACACGAGAAGAUCAUACUCCGUUUAACACUCGGAGUAGUGACUAACUAUUUCCACUCCUAAAAAUGUUGAUCCGACUUGUGACAUGGGCCGGACAAUAGCCCGGAUACCUUACUGGGCCCCAAUUCCAUCUCUCUGUGGCGUAGAAGGGUCGAAAUAGUCAUUUAAACAAUAAAACCCUAGAAAACCCUAGACGUGGCAAAAAGACAUGAAAGUUGAAACUCUCGCAGUUCACGGCCGCCUCCUUGUACCCAAAACCUACAGAGGCUCAUCUCAUCUCUUCUUGUUAUAAGUCAGAUCCGCUUGGCCACUUUCAUUCACCCAUCUCGGUACUCUGCCAGCCUCACCCUGGAUUUUCUGCAUCAUCAUGAGCUAGGGUUUUCGUUGAUUGUUCUUUAUUUUCCGUCUCCGUUUCAGUUUGUGAAUGCUAAGAUUUUGCAGUGCUUCUUAGUACCGUUGAUGCUGUUAAAUAUAGUUUGAGAGAUAUGGUUUUGUAUUUCUGAAAGCAAUAUUGCACUGAGACCCGGCAAAAAUAAAGGAUCAAUCUUUUAUCCUGCUGUUGAUUUCUGGUUGUUUGGGUCGUUGUGGGGAAUUGGAAGGGGCAAGUGAUGAUAAAAAUAGACAGGGACAUCAGUUACUCCCUUCCUCUUGUGGGUUUGGAGGAUGAUGACUAGUCUACAAUGGGAAUCUCUCUGAUGCCUUUCCUUCUUCUUCCAUAUUUUGUUAUGAUUAGCUAUUUUGUUUGAUCCUUUGAAAUUCUCUCGUGGUUUGCCGAUGAUGCAUAUGGAAAUGUCAUGUAUUACCAGAUAAAAUACAGCUGAUGAU